GGGUGGGAUCCCGGGAGCCGGGGGUGAGGCCAUGGCAGCUGGAGGGAGGGUGGGAGGCGCCGCAGCCGCAGACCGAGCAGAGCAGAGCAGCGCCGGGGCCGCUGAAGCGCGUUAAGCCGGGCCUUUGUGGAUAAACAUAUGAACAGAGGAGAAUGGAACAACAUUCAAAUGAGGAGUUUGAUCUGGAGGCCAAUGAACAGCUGCCAAGCAAUACUAAUGAAGAAAUAAAUCUGUCAAUCAAUGAUGGUCCUAGAAAUCAAGGGUCUAUUAAUGGAGACACUCCAGAAGAGGCUGAUACUCCAAAUGGCACAUAUUUUGAGUCAGAAGCACUUUACUCAGCAAAAACGCGAAACAUGAAAACACACCUAGAAACAGAAGGGGAAUGCGGAACUCUUGAGGCACCAUCAGAAAAGGAAAAUGUUGAACAGAAUGAGAAAAACAUGGCAGAUAAUGGUGGAAGUGGCGAGCCAUUUGCCAUAAUAACUUUGAAAAGUGAUCUGCAAAUAAUGUCGGAAAGUAGGCAAGGUGCUGGCGACUGCAUCAAACCGAUUGAAACUGACAGUUGUCAAACACUCCAUCCCAUAUCCGAGCUUUCAAAGCAGGAAGAGCCUACGGAUUGGAUCAAAACUAUAUCUCACUCCAAGUUUGGUUCAGAGAGUCCAUUUGACACCGAACGCACCAAAAACCUGAUGUCUAAAAUGAAGCAGGUGACUUCACAGGAUGCUUUGCUCGAGGAGAUCGAAUCAGAGUUGGAUCUGUUUUCGGUUGAAAUUCCAGCGGACUCUAGCUUACCCAAUGGAAUUACAAAAGAGAGUGGUAGCAUAGCUAUGUUAAGUGAUUCAAUGCAAAGCAAAUAUUUUCACCAAGAAUGGAAAAUAAGAAAACUGAUGGAAGAAAACCGCAAACAUCAGGAAAUGAUUGUAGAGAUCUGUGCAGAGAAAGACAACUUGAAAGCAGAAUUGAAAAGGCGAUCUGAAACAGAAAAGCAAUAUAUCAUCUCUAUCAAACAGGUGGAAGCAAGAUGUGAAGAUCUUAUGAAGGAAGUCAAAGUUACAAAAGACCGAAUAAUAUCUCAAGAUGCCGCUGCCAAAAACGCUAUUCAACAGCUACAACGAGACGUAACGUUUCGGAUAGAACUAGCUAACAAAAAAUGUGAGGAGGCUCGUCAGGAGAAAGAAGGUAUGGUGAUGAAGUAUGUUCGAGGAGAGAAAGAGGCCCUUGAUCUUCGAAAGGAAAAGGAAGCACUUGAAAAAAGACUAAGGGAUGCAAACCGAGAAAUAGAAAAAUUGUCAAAUAAGACCAAACAGCUGACCCAAGAGAAAGCAAGGCUACAGCAACUGUAUGAAGCAAAGGAAGGAGAGGCUGUCAGGCUCGGCAGAGAGUUUGAAAAACUCAAAGAGGACAUUAACUCCCACAUCAUCAAAGUGAAAUGGGCACAAAACAAGCUAAAAAGUGAAAUGGAUACCCACAAGGACACCAAAGAAAAACUGAAGGAAACAACCAACAAACUAACUCAAGCUAAAGAAGAGACUGAACAAAUCCGAAGAAACUGCCAGGAAAUGAUCAAAACAUACCAGGAAUCUGAAGAGAUUAGAUCCAAUGAGUUGGAUGCCAAAUUGCGCGAGACCAAAGGCGAACUGGAGAAACACUUGCAUGAAAAAUCUGACCAAAUGGAGAUCCAUCAUGCCAAAAUAAAGGAGCUCGAUGACCUAAAGCGGACGUUCAAGGAAGGUAUGGACGAAUUGCACACGCUAAGAACUAAGGUGAAGUGUCUUGAGGACGAGCGUUUGAGAACUGAAGAUGAACUGUCAAAGUACAAAGAAAUCAUUAACAGACAGAAAACAGAGUGUCAGACUUUGCAAGAGCGAGUGAAGACUGUUCACAAUUUACAAGAACAGCUUGAAGGGAAUGAACAAGAGAUUCAGUCACUGAAGGAAGAGGUUGAUAAUCUGAACACAGUCAUUACCGAUCUGCAGAAAGAUAUCGAGGGGAGUCGCAAAAAGGAAUCUGAAUUGCUUCUCUUCACAGAGAAACUGUCCAGCAAAAAUGCCCAUCUUCAGUCUGAGAACAACACACUGCAAGUACAGCUUGAUAAACUGAGUAUCCGUGAGCGGGAGCUAACUGGGGAGCUCAACGAGAUGGGAGAAGCACAUACUGAAUUGGUGAACAAAUUGCAAAAAGAACAACAACUACGACAGCAGGAUGUUAAAGCUUUGGAGAGUGAGGUGACCUCGAAACGGAAGGAAGUAAGUGAACUGACCUUGCAGGUGGAUGAGCUUAAAGAUGACCUGGUCACACAAAAACGAAAACAAGCAACUAACCUCAAGGAUCUCACGAAACAGCUUCAGCAAUCACGAAGGCGAUUAGAGCAAAUGGAAAACAGCAAUUGUGACAGCAAAGAGGCUAGCAGCAUGGGAAGUCGGUCAAGUUCAUCAGGUUCUCUUGAUGCCCGAUGUAACAAGGAAGAGCGAUCUCCGGAGAAUGCAGGCUCUUCUGUGCAGGCUGACAGCUUCCCUGAGGUGGACAAGACCAUUCUGAUAGAACGUAUUGUGCGGCUGCAAAAAGUUCAUGCGCGUAAAAGUGAAAAAAUUGAAUUCAUGGAGGAUCAUAUCAAACAACUAGUGGAGGAAAUUCGAAAGAAAACCAGAAUUAUUCAGACUUAUGUUCUGCGAGAGGAAUCUGGGGCCCUGUCAUCAGAAGCAUCUGAUUUUAACAAGGUGCAGCUGAGCAAACUUGGAGGAAUCAUGGCUUCACUUUACACAUCACACCCAGCAGACAGUGGGCUCACGCUAGAGCUCUCCUUGGAGAUUAACAGGAAGUUGCAAGCUGUCCUAGAAGACACAAUACUAAAGAAUAUUACCCUCAAGGAAAACUUGCAAACGCUGGGCACAGAAAUAGAACGUCUGAUCAAGCGCCAGCAGGAAUUGGAGCAGCAGCUAAAGCAAUGAACUAGCACAGUCGCUGGGCUCCAGCAGCUCAUUGUGAAUACAGUUAAACAGGUGGAGAGGAGGCAGAGGUCAUUCAUGACUUGGACGGAUAUGCCUCAUCAGCACUGCACAAGGAGGUGAAGUCGCUUCUAUCAACAAGCAGGUUUGGAGUUAAAUUGUGCUGCAAUUAAAUGAUUGGAUGCAAUUUUAAUAUCAACACUUCCAAGUUGUCGUACUCUUACCAUUAUCUGCAACAACAAACAAUGACUGAAGGCUGCCACAGUCUGCGAAGGAUUUCGAUCAGUGGAUUUUUUAAUGAACUAUUCUGCUGUGCUCUCUGUGCCUCUCAGCACAGCAUCGAAUAUUGUGCGUUUUUACACACGGUUGGCUUCUCGUGAAGUAUAUGGGACUAUAGUGCAAUUGUACAAUGGGAAUUCUGGGGAUUUUCAACUGACAACCUAAGUGAUUUUCGCCCACAAACUACACAGUCACUCCACUUUACAGUAUAUCCUGUGAUGCGCCUUGAAACGCCCUCCCAACGUGAAAGGCGCUAUACCAAAUGUAAGGUUUAUUAUUUUAUUUGUAGCUCAACCAAUUUAUUGGUGAAUUAAAUUCAUACAAUGCUGAUACAAAUAAAGUGCAGCUCCAUCUUGUCUGACAAAUUUUGUUUAUUUACCGUGGCACUAAACGAUGUUAGACCUUUUUUUUUUCUCUGAGUGAAUUUCUUGAUCUCCAUGACUUUGUAUGAUUUCCAUUGAAGUCUGAAUAUAUUUUGUCUAAUAUUGCGACCAAAAUUGUGAUGUAUUUGAUGGGUUUAUCAAACACAAAUCAAUUAUACCAAACAUUACGGUAUUUUGGUGAAUGAUUCUUACUGAAGCCCAUUGGAGCCUAUGUGCAAAUGGUAACUAUUGGAAAUCCCAUAAUAGCAAAUAAUGAUAUUUGACAGUUACCAAGGGUGUGAUACUCGCAUUGAAACUAGUUCUUUGUAAUAUAUUUGAGAGGAAUGCCCAGAUACGGUUUAGAAAGGAACUAAAGGUGGUGCCAGAAAUGUGAAUGCUGUAAUUAUUAUUUAGUUCCCCCAAUUACUGGCAAAUACUUAGUACUGACCAGUGCAUCAACCUGCGCCAGAAUCCUCUGGCAGUUAAUUAGUGGAGUGUCAGACUUGGUUAAAUCAGCAUUCUGAUGCUAUUUGCUAUUUUGAGAGUGUCUGCUGUUAUAAGAAAGUAAAAUCCUAGCCCCCUACUAAACGUAAUGGAAAUGCACUUUAAGCUCAAAUUUAAUAGCUAUCAAAUAAUUGAGUACAUAUGUAUAUUGUUAGGAUUCCGACCAUUUGAUUUUAUUUUUCCAAUCCUUUUCAGUUCAAACAUUAUCUUCUUUCCUGUCCAUUCGUUGUGUGUUGAAUAUUUGGUUAACUUGGUAGUUUAGUUUAUUCUCAAACCUGAUUUGUAAAAUUUAAUUUGUAGAUAUUUUUCUGUAUAAAGAGAACAUUUUUUAAAGUUUUAAUCUAUUAUGUAUAUAUGGCACAUUGGAUUAAUAAAUUACAUUCUGUGU